AUGGAAACCAAUUAUCCUCCGCCGUGGGCACGUUUUUUGCAGCAAAGUCACAAGAAGAAUAAUAGAAGUGUUGAUAAUAGAGCAAUUUUCAGUUGGCCACCGCCAGGAGAAAUUCCAAAGUGCGAUAAGGAUUCGUUCAAAUGUUUGAAGUUGAAUUCGAUGUUGGAUUCCGGAAAUUCCAAUUCCCCUGAUAAAGUUUUGCAUGAUCUGGCGUUUGAGAAUUUUUGUAUCCUGGCAUUCAAAGUGGACGAAGCUAUAAGAUUUGAAUACGAAUCAUCCCCGUCGAAAAGGAUAGUUUACACUUUUGACGAUGAGGAAAAUGUUUGGGAAGUGGAGGAGGCAAAUCCAUGA